UUUAUUGUGCGGCUGUUGCACGCUGUGCCUGCUGCCCAGGCUCGGCGCAUGGGGCUUGCCCGGCUAGAGUACAGGGAGGGACGGGCAGGCAGACUCACCCGCGCUGGGGGAGCCCGUAGUGGGCACCGACAGGCCGUCUCCAGCGGAGCCCAAAGUUUUGCCUGCCGGAGCAGCAGCAGCCUUUGCUGAGGAGCUGUGUACUGGCGAUCAUUCACUCAGAGCCUCUCUCACUGCUAUCUCCCGUCAAUCUCCUGAGAACCACUUUCUGAGUGAUUCCAGCUUCCGAAUAUGGUUCCCAUGGUAGGGGUUUUGAUCCCUUGCCAGAUUUGCCCUGAGCCAUGAGUGAAUAUGUGUAAUGCCCACAAGUAAAACUGGGUAAGAAGAGUGACCUUUUUGGGUGGCUGUAACUGAAGAUUGCUUUGCAGAAGCAACUAAAGUAGAAGGGAGAGAGCACUCCUGCAAGACGACUAGCACAGUAAUAGAGCAUCUGAUGGCUAGAAAAUUCUGUGUGGAACAAACAAGGACUUAGAAGGUCUAGGACAAAGGGAUAGGGCUAUGAACAAGGUUUUUGAGUCAUGAUGCAAGAAUCUGGGAUUGAGACAAAAAGUAACGGUUCAGCUAUUCAGAAUGGAGCAAGCAGUGGCAACCAUUUACUAGAGUGCAGUCUACGGGAAGUGAGAUCCAACGGUGAGACACCUUCAGUUGAAAUUGGGGCUGCAGAUUUAGCACAUCUUCAGCAACAGCAGGCUCUGCAGGUGGCACGGCAGUUUCUACUGCAGCAACAGCAGCAGCAACAAGUUAGUGGAUUAAAGUCACCCAAGAGGAAUGACAAACAACCAGCCCUUCAGGUUCCAGUGUCAGUGGCUAUGAUGACACCUCAAGUUAUCACUCCCCAACAAAUGCAGCAGAUCCUCCAGCAACAAGUGCUAACUCCCCAGCAACUCCAGGUCCUGCUCCAGCAGCAGCAGGCACUCAUGCUUCAACAGCAGCAGCUUCAAGAGUUUUAUAAGAAACAACAGGAACAGUUGCAGCUUCAACUUUUACAGCAACAACAUGCUGGAAAACAGCCUAAAGAGCCACAGCAACAGCAAGUGGCUACACAGCAGUUGGCCUUUCAGCAGCAGCUCUUACAGAUGCAACAACUGCAGCAGCAGCAUCUCCUGUCUUUGCAGCGUCAAGGUCUGCUAACAAUCCAGCCUGGCCAGGCUACGCUGCCUUUGCAGCCUCUUGCUCAAGGCAUGAUUCCAACAGAACUGCAGCAGCUCUGGAAAGAAGUGACAAGCUCUCAUACAGCAGAGGAAAUAGCAAGCAACAACCACAGCAGUUUGGACCUGUCCACCACAUGUGUCUCCUCUUCAGCACCUUCUAAGACCUCCUUAAUAAUAAACCCACAUGCCUCAACUAAUGGACAGCUAUCGGUCCACACUCCUAAAAGGGAGAGUUUAUCCCACGAGGAGCACUCACAUAGCCAUCCGCUUUAUGGACAUGGUGUAUGCAAAUGGCCAGGCUGUGAAGCAGUUUGUGAAGACUUCCAGUCAUUUCUAAAACAUCUCAACAAUGAGCAUGCGCUGGAUGAUAGAAGUACAGCCCAAUGUAGAGUACAAAUGCAGGUUGUUCAGCAGUUAGAGCUACAGCUUGCAAAAGACAAAGAGCGCCUGCAAGCUAUGAUGACACACCUGCAUGUGAAGUCAACUGAACCAAAAGCCACCCCUCAGCCUCUGAAUCUGGUAUCAAGUGUCACACUGUCAAAGACGGCCUCUGAGGCUUCUCCACAGAGCUUACCUCAUACUCCGACCACCCCAACUACACCCAUCACUCCUGUCAUCCAGGGACCUUCUGUCAUCACUACCACCAGCAUGCACAACGUUGAACCAAUCAGGAGGCGGUGCCCUAAUAAAUACAAUGUGGCCAUUUCUUCAGCAGAUCUUGCUCAGAACCAAGAAUUUUAUAAGAACGCAGAGGUUAGACCACCAUUCACGUAUGCAUCUUUAAUUAGGCAGGCUAUCCUCGAAUCUCCAGAAAAGCAACUAACACUAAAUGAAAUCUACAACUGGUUCACACGAAUGUUUGCUUACUUCAGACGCAAUGCAGCGACAUGGAAGAAUGCAGUGCGUCAUAAUCUUAGUCUUCACAAGUGUUUUGUGCGAGUAGAAAACGUUAAAGGGGCAGUAUGGACAGUGGAUGAACUAGAGUUCCAAAAACGAAGGCCACAAAAGAUCAGUGGUAACCCUUCUCUUAUUAAAAACAUACAGACCAGCCACACCUACUGCACACCUCUCAAUGCUGCUUUACAGGCUUCAAUGGCUGAUAAUAGUAUACCUCUUUACACUACUGCUUCCAUGGGAAACCCCACUCUGGGCAAUUUAGCCAAUGCUAUGAGGGAAGAUCUUAAUGGUGCAAUGGAGCAUACGAACAGUAAUGAGAGUGACAGUAGUCCAGGACGUUCCCCUAUGCAAGCAAUGCACCCUGUGCAUGUCAAAGAAGAACCGUUGGAUCCAGACGAAAAUGAAGGCCCGCUAUCCUUAGUAACAACAGCCAAUCACAGUCCAGAUUUUGAUCAUGACAGAGAUUAUGAAGAUGAACCUGUAAAUGAGGACAUAGAAUGAGUAUGUCUGACGUCAUUAUCCUGAGAAUGAAGAUUGGAAAAACACGUCAAAUUUAGCUGUGAAAUCUCUCCAUUAUUGUACAGUCUGGAGGAUUUUCAGUACACUUUGACAACUAUGAAAUAUGUUAACUCUUAGUGCCAUCAAGUAUCCCAUUUGGGAGUAUUUUUGAUUUUUCUACUUUUUGUUGAAAAAAGGAAUUUGUACUCUGUGCAUUGGAUGGACUUGUUUGGUACUUGGGAUUUUCCUCUCUUACAGUCAACAUCAGUGUUGUAAAUUUGCUAAACUGAUUCACUUACUCACAUUUAGCAGCAGGUUUUGGACUGCAGUCCUGCCAAUUUUGGACACUGAGGACAUCAAACUCUGAGCAUGUACACCUAAACUGCAGAUCAAGCCUUUGCCCAGAUUUUAAGGAUUCCAAUGGACAACAUAUUUGCACAGUACUGCAUGUUGGUUAUCACUGCCUUUACUCCUUUUUUUUUUUUCUUUGCUUCCAUUUGGGAUGGGGAAGGCAUGUGUGUGUGCGCGCGCGCGUGUGUGUGUGUGUAUGUGUACUGGCGAGGGGUUACAAGAAAUAUUAUCCCAAACUUUUUAAUGUAUUGCUUUUAUUCCCCCCCUCCCCCCUUCUGCUCUACCAUUUUAAGUUCUGACCUCAGGCCACAUCUCGGCCCAGGGCCUUUUGAAGGCCUAACGUUUUCUGUACUUUGUGAUGAAUGUUAAUAGGUGUUUUUAUUAUACGAAGCUGAAUGUCAUUGAAUUGUUUGUAGUUUUUUCCGUCAUUCAUUCCAGUCUCCUUCAGAUGCCACCAUGUUUUCUUUAGCUAUGGAAAACAUUCCAUUUUGGUGUCUGUUUUUUUUAAAAGGUCCCAAAUGCUGCACUGUACACACCGAAGGGUCGUCCAACAGAGAGAGAGAGAGAGAAAAGAAGUACUGUAAGAAUGAGAAUGAAUGACAGAUGAACACAAAAAUACUGUAGGAAGCAACAUAAAUUCAUUCCACAAAGCAGUGUUUUUUUUAUUUUUGGUUUUGGUUUUUGAUUUUUUGGCAGCAAUGGUGAAUAUUAGCAAAUGCCACAAAAUUGAACAGCACAAAGAAACAUAUGCAGCACCAACAGAAUUCACUUCAUUAGAGAAUGAAUACUACAGUGGCAGGCUCUCAGUUGUUUAACAUGAGUUUUAAUGGGCCAACAAAUCUUUCUGGAAUAUCUAAGAUUACCAAGAUGGGUACCUAUACAUUUAUUAUUAUUUUUCAUUUGCGAAUAGUGGUUGGAAAGAUGACUUCAUUAAACUGUUGUAAUACAUGGCGAUGUUUCUCAGUUAAACAUCAGUUCAGGAUUGCUUGGUGGCAUUAAUCUGUUCGAAUACAAAUUAGAUUUCAGAUUGAACUUGUUAUGGCAGUUAAUAAGGACUGAGCCCACUAAUGCUAAAGUGUUAAUAAUUUCAACUGUGCAAAUUCUGUACUGCAGUUAAGAUUGUUAUGCAAUAUUACACCAGCCAGUAUCAAAACCUCACAGUAGAAAACAGUAAACAGUGGGAUGGGGGGGGGGAAGGAAAUAGCACUGGGGCUUGUUUGGUAAAACUGGCAGUGCUCUUCAAAGCAAACAUUACAUACAGAAAGCUGUUGUUACAGGUCAGUACACCUCAGUCACCAAACACCUAAACACUUUCAUUCUGCAACCACUUUUCUGUCACUCAUUUAUUUAUGUAGGACUGUAGCUUUUUGUUUAAUUAUUAUUAUUUCAAAAAAAGCCUUUCAGAGCUUAAUUUAUAUUCUUCUUUGUACCUUCCCCCCCCUAAAAUUACCAAAGAUAUUACACAAAGGUAAAUUAUGUUCUCUAUUAUAUGCUUUAUCUUAUGAAGCCAAAUAUCCUCUUAUUGUUGAUCAAGGGAGGUUGAAGAAUUUAGAGGGAAAUGACAAGAUAUGGGCUAUUGCUAACCUGAGAGGGAAACUGCUCCUUUAUUCUAGUAAAUUUAGAUGGCUAAGCAGAUGACUGAACCAAAGUUACUUUUUAUUCGUAGUCCUUUACAGCGACCAAACCGAAAUUCUGUAAAGAGAAAUCGAGAAGAGCUUUUGGACUAAAACUAGGAAACAGUGUUACAGGGGGAGCCAUAAGAAGGGAGCUGGAGAAAGCAAGUGCAGUUAUUGUGCAGAAAAUUGGAGUAUCAAAUAAAGGAGACAGUUUAAUAAAAUACAAAAGAGAACAGAAAAGCUCCCACAAUUUUACUGGACCACAUAAUAGUAUUCCUAGAAUUAAAAAAAAAAAAAAUAUUUUUUGGGGUCUUUGUUUUUAUAGAUUGUAUGCCACUUUUGUUUAAGGAUUGUGCUAAAACGACUGCUUUAAUUUUGGUUUAUCUUGGCACAUUUGCUGAGUUUUGUUUAGUUUUUGAUCAGCAUUUUUCAUAAGGAAAUAACACUCCUGUCCACACAUAAGCUUUGGUACAAGAAAUUUUAUUGGCAGUUACUUUUCUGAAGUUCAACUCUGCAUUCUGUUUUUAAAAGAGAGAAAAGAAAAGGGGAAAAAAAGGGCAGUCUGUGGUCAUUUGAAACUUUUUUUUUUUUUAAUUAUAUCCAGGCAGCUUCAUGAUGUGCCGGCAGUAGCCAGAUGGGGAUCAUGAGAAGUGGUCCCUGUGCUUCUAAACUGAGUGGUUCGCUGGUUAGUUCGGUAUUCAAAAGAGGAUAAAAAUCUGGUAGAUUAGUUCAUUCUCAGCAUGUGUAGCUAGACAUGAGUAAAGAUAACAGCAUGAGAAACUGUUAGUACGCAUACCUCAGUUCAAACUGUUAGGGAAUGAGUAAAUAAAAAAUACAUUUCACUCAGUUGCACUUAGUUGUAUGUCUUGCAUGCUUAGUCUAAAGACUGUAGCAAAAUAAAGAAAGAAAAAGAGAAAAAGAAAUAAAAAUUAGAUUUUAACAUAUCUGGCAGGUGUCACAGCCUUGCAGAAGAACCAACUGAAAAUCUCAGGCUUUACAUCAAGCAAACUUCACUAUGAUUUUUACAGUUCUGAUUCUGUAUCCCUUUGGAUAUACAGUUGCUUCUUUAGGGUGGGGUUUAUUAUGUUGUACAUAUAUAUCCCAAUGUGUCUGUGUGAGCCUUUGUCUUUUUUGGGGGGAGGAGGGAGAAAAGGGGAAAAGGUCCUUUUUUUUUUUUUUAGAUACCAUUCCUCAAAAGGAAUAAAUGCAUACCUGUUUGUCAAAACACCUUUUGCUUUUUGUGCAACUGCUUUAUAUUAACUAUACUAAAAAAAAAUAGCUUUGGAAAAAAAAACUACUGUAUGUAAUGGAAUUGCAGAAUAUGCUGCACGCGUAUUUUAUUUAGUUAUCCUUGCUUUAAGAAUAUUGGAUGACAUUGCUGACAUGUGGGAGAAAAUCCCUGACUUUUUUUUUUUUUUUUUUUUUGCUUUUAAAUUGUAACAUAGUUGACAGAUUAUUUUUUUCUCCUGUUAUCAUUGAUCGAAGCCUCUUUUGUACAGUUUGUGUUAAGCUGGGGUUUUUUUUGUUUGUUUGGGUUUUUUUAUACUUUCCCACCCCUUCUGUUAUCUUACCACUGCCAUUUCUGGCUGUCUUAAACAAAGGUUCAUACAUUUGAAAAGUAAAAAAAAAAAAAAAAAAAAAAAAAAAAGUUGUUUUAAAAAUGUUUUUCUCCUGCUGCAGUAAAUAUUUUGCAUGAUGAAUUCCAGGGUCACACUUUCAAAGUUUAUCAGUGAAGUAGUGAUUAAUAAUGGGGCGUGUCAAACUAUUGAACUUUUGUAUAAAGAAAAAAAAAACUUUACAAGGUGCCAAGAUGUAAAGACAAUUUGUUACAUGUUUUUUUUCUCAAAGAAAAGCGUACAUUAUGAAAGUAGUACCAUGUAUCAGGUAAAUCGCUGUCAGGAAUGAGAGUCAAAGCCUUCCUUGUCCACAAAGAAAAGUUUGUAAAUGUAAAACCUGUUAGGUUUCUGCAUUUGACUAGAAGUGAUAUGAAAAAUCAAGGCUUAUGUAGAACAACGGUGACCACAAAAUAUUACCUUUUUUGAUUGUCGCUUAUGAGAGUUCAAGUAUAAUUCCCAGCACUCUUCUUAAACUCAGAUUUUGGGAGAGAGAAUGGGGCAGGGAUUGUGAUUCUACAGAUACUGCAGAUCAUUAGAUAUUUUAUAUAUGCGUAUGUAUAAAAGUUUUUAAAAAUAAUUUUAAACUAUUGUAGUUUUCAGAUUGCCAACAAGCUACAUUCCUUAUAGCGUGGAGAAUGUGUUAAACUCUUUUGAAAUCCUUUGGUACCUUUGGUUAAUGUACUCAGACUGAAUUUUUAGAUGUUUCAGAAAUCACUUAGCGUUCUAGUCUUGAGAGUAAAAUUUGCAGUUAUGACUGCAUUUUAAUGGACCCAGAGUAGGUAACAAAAUAUCUUCUACCCAUAAGCCUUGAUGAAAAUGGUACAGUCCAGACUGUUAGCAUGGUGCUUCAUGUGUAUGUGCUGCCAGUAACGAGAUUUUUUUUUGAUAAGGCAUAAAAGAAACUCAUUCCUUACAUCAACUGUAAUUCCAUCAUUCCAUGUCUGUUGAUACAGACAAUAAAAAAUGUUGUGUAGUCAGUACUAAUUACUGACAUUAUAGCAUUCUCAAAUGCAAUAAAAUGCUGGUUGUUCACACUGGUAAUACAAGUUG